CAAUGCGGAGGAAUUAUCUCACUCGCGUUCAAGGCUGCAGCGAUAUAUCAAGUGCGCGGCGCAUAAAAACGCUGCUCCGUGUCCACCUUGGAUAGAUCGCAGGGAAGUGCAUCUUCGCAAUGAACGUGCUCACAGCUGUCCUCAUGCUGAGCGUGGCCCUGCUGAUCUUCUCUUUGACCCAGAUCGCUCGGGCCAGGCGGAAUGCUGGCAAGAUUCCGAAGAGUUUGCCAUCAUGGCCGUUGAUCGGGAGUUUGCUGAGUUUGAGAAGCGAUUUACCACCUCACCUUCUGUUCCAGAAACUCCAGAAAUCAUAUGGGAGCAUGUUUUCCUUCAUGCUAGGCUCCCAUUAUGUGCUGGUGAUCAACAACUACGAAUAUGCCAAGGAAGUGCUGCUGAAAAAGAGCAGAAUCUUUGCGGGGAGACCCAAUAUGUUGACUACCAACCUGCUCUCCAGAGAUGGGAAAGAUAUUGCAUUUGGAAACUACAGCCCCAGCUGGAAGUUUCACAGGAAGCUUGUUCAUUCAGCUAUAUACCUGUUUGGUGAUGGAUCUGCAUCAUUAGAGAGAAUGAUUUGCCAAGAAAUGCAAUCAAUGUACAGUACGUUUGAGCAUUACCUUGGCUCCCCAUUGGAUAUAAUGCCUGAGGUGACCCGAGUCAUCACAAAUGUCAUCUGCAUGUUGUGCUUCAACUCCAAGUAUGAGAAAGAUGACCCAGAGUUUCAGAAGAUGCUGAAGUACAGCCAAGGCAUUGUGAAUACUGUCGGAAAGGAUUCAUUAGUGGACAUCUUUCCCUGGUUGCAGCUAUUUCCCAAUGAAGACCUCCACCUUCUGAAACAAAGCAUUGCAGUUCGAGACAGUAUCCUUCAGAAGAAAUUUGAAGACCACAAGGCGAGUUACAGCAGUGACUCUGUAAACGACUUGCUUGACAUUUUGAUCAAAGCCAAGAUGAAUGCAGAGAAUAAUAACAGCUCCAAGUAUGAGGAGAGACUGACAGACGACCAUCUGCAAAUGACUGUGGCAGAUAUUUUUGGAGCGGGGGUGGAGACCACAUCUAUAACCCUCGCAUGGACAAUUAUUUACCUGCUUCACUGUCCUGAGGUACAGAAAAAAAUACAAGAAGAAAUUGAUAGCAAAGUUGGAUUAAACAGGACUCCUCAACUGAGUGAUAGAAACAACAUGCACUUUCUCAGUGCAACGAUCAGCGAAGUCUUACGGAUCCAGCCAGUCUCACCUCUCCUAAUUCCACAUGUGGCUCUGGCAGACUCCAGUAUUGGUGAAUACACAGUCCCCAAAGGUACUCGCGUCAUCAUCAACCUCUGGGCUAUUCAUCACAAUGAACAGGAAUGGGAAAAUCCACAUGCCUUUGAUCCAGGCCGGUUCCUGGAUAAAGAUGGGAAACACAUUUACUCGCCUUCCACAAGCUAUAUCCCUUUUGGUGCUGGAGUCAGGGCUUGUCUUGGAGAGAUCCUGGCCAGGAUGGAACUCUUCCUCUUCAUAUCUUGGUUUCUUCAGCGCUUCACUAUCGAUGUUCCUCCGGGCUACCCCCUGCCAAGUUUGAGAGGAAACUUUGGGAUUGUCCUACAACCAGAAAAGUUUAAAGUUCAGCUCAAGCUCAGGAAAGCCUGGGAAAAUAACAAGUGACCGAACUGGAGGGCAAAAUGGUUAGCAGCUGCAACCAUUCUUCAUAAAACAGCUCCCUGUGAUGGGACAAUGCAAUCAAUUGGAAAUCUGCUGAGCACCCCAUGGGACCACUCCUGCUCCUGUUACAUUCUUAUCGUGUCAUCCUGGGCUCCAUACCUGUUCAGCAUAAUCAUUUACACAUUGCCAGGCGCUUCCGUUUAAAAAGUGUGUUCACUCCUGAUGUAAUUUUUAUCCUGGGGGAUAGCAAGAACUGCGGAUGCUGGAGUCAGAGUCAAUACAGUGUGGAGCUGGAGGAACGCAGCAGGUCAGGCAGCUUCAGAGGAGCAGAAAGUCGACAUUUCAGGUUUACACUCUUCAUCAGGUCUGUAAACCCGAAACUUGCCUGCUCCUCCGAUGCUGCCUGACCUACUGCGUUCCUGCAGCUCCCCACUGUGUUGACAUAAUUUUCAUCCUGUUUGAAGUGGCUGGCAAACAGUGAAGCGUUCUCAGAAUAAGUCAUGAGAAGGGCUUUCUGAGUGGCUGAGAGGGGACAGCUUCAUGUUAAGGCUAAAGAUAGGGUCUACAUAAUAUUUAAUUCUAGAUCUAAGCAGGAAAGUGCUUGGAAGUAACAACUCAUUUGGGUCAAGUUUUCAGGGAUAAUUUUGAGAUUUGUUCCAGAUGCAACCGCUCCUGUCCAAAACCAAAUACCACAUCUCUGGAGAGUAUCCACUGCUCCGUGAUAUGACAUUAGUUUCCCCUUCCCUGAUCGAAAUUGCCUCUUUCAUGUCAGUUUCACACAGUGGGUCCACAUCUCUAGUCUUGACUCAAGUCGCCUGAGUAUACUUUAUACAGAUACCAUUCCUGGCAGCACAUACAAUAGACAUCUGUUGGCCUGUGAUCAACACAAAACCCACAGAUCAGAGAUGAAGGCUACUCUGCUCGGAACAAUGUUCCCCAAGACAAAAUUCUGAGUGAAACUAAUUUUGAAAAAAGCAAACCCACACUCUUCCCCUUUAGAGGACGUCCGUGGUCAUUGCAUAUCCUUAAUUGUCCUUGAACUCAACAGCUUCUUGGGCCAUUUUCAGGGCAGUUGAGAGUCAACCACAUUGCUGUGGGUCUGAAGAGGAGGCCAGACUGAGUAGAUUUCCUUCCCUAAAGGAAGCUACUGAACUAGAUGAGUUCUAAUGACAAUUGUUACACUGUCAAUAUUAGAUUAGAGCAGCUUUUUGUUUGAGACUUUUAUGCCUUUUUGCCUCUUCAGAACGUGUAGAUUAUGAGAUUUCCUGUUUUGUAAAACAAAGUGCCUGUCUUAAACUCCCUCUUCAAUACAAGCAUCUAUUGGAGCUCGAAAGAGCCUUUAUUGUCCUGGAAAAUUACCCGUGUGAAUUUUAUCAGUAACAUAGCUGUUUGUGGCAAUGUUUUUAUGAACCCAUUGACAUAAUCAGAUCAGAUUUCUAGACAAUGAAGGUUUAGGGUUGGAUUGUGUUGCAACAGUGCGUUAGAUCAAGGGCAAUGUAACCAGCACUCAGCCUUUGAGGUAUUACUAAAGCUCUGUGUUCAGAGAGACCUCAGCCUCUGUUAGUUCCUGAUGAGCCUCCCAGCCCCUCCAUCCAAACUUUAACUGGUCAGGUAGCAGAAAUAAAACAUUUCUCUGUUUUCCUCUGUAUUAGCGCUCUGGUCUCUUCGUUAGGCUAGAGCUACCACAGAAAGCCCUUAGUAUAAAAAGUGUAUAAUCAGUGCACGUUAAUAUAAAUGCUGCAAUAUUUAUGGAUUGGAAUAAGUUUUCUCUUCUGAUUAAUAUACUCUGAUGAAUGUAUAGACAGUAGUUUUGCUGCUCAGGAUGUCAUACCUUAUUCUUUGUAUAAAAUGAACUUGCCAGAUUAAUUAUUGCAGCCUUUAUAUUUGUUUCUACGUGCUUUUGAAUAAUUUAGGGCAGUACAGUGGCUCAGUGGUUAGCACCGCAGCCUCACAGCACCAGGGACCCGGGUUCGAUUCCACCCUCAGGCAACUGUCUGUGUGGAAUAUGCACAUUCUCCCCGUGUCUGCGUGGGUUUCCUCCAGGCGCUCCAGUUUCAUCCCUCAAUCCAAAGAUGUGCAGGUUAGGUAGAUUGGCCGUGGGAAAUUGCCCGUAGUGUUCAGGGGUCUGUAGAUUAGGUGGGUUAUAGGAGGAAUGGGUCUGGGUGGGAUGCUCCAAGGGUUGGCAUGGGCUUGUUGGGCUGAGGGGCCUGUUUCUGUAGGGAUUCUAUGAAACGGUGUGUGAAUGUAAGUUUUAUUCAUUCACAGAAUGAAUGCUGGUGAGACCAGAAUUUGUUGCAUAUCUGUAAUUGCCCUGGAAUGUUGCUUGGCCAUUUUGGGAGGGGGAGGUGGAGUUGAAAGGUGAUUACGUUGGCUGGGGGGUCUGGAAUCACAUAUAGCCCAUGCAAACCAUGCAAACCAUGCAAUGACAACAGAUAUCCCUCCCUGAUGGACAUGAGUGAAGCCAAUGGGUUAGACCAUCGACAUUAUAUAAGCUUUUAAUUCCACACUUCUGAUCAAGUUAAAAUUUUACCAACUAUUAUGGUGAUAUUCGGACAGAUUUCCCCGAAUAUAAACCUGACGUUCUGGAUUAUUUAGCUAAUGACAUUACUUCUACAUCUUCAUCUGCUCUUUGUGUAUGAGUAAUUCUUUGUUCCACAUCAAUAAAAGGGAGUUUAUUUACAGCACAGCACAGUUUAUAUCUCAUCCAUGCCCCUUGGUAGGGUUUGAGCUAUAGGGAGGAGUGAAUAAGCUGGGACUAUUUUCCCCGGAGUGUUGGAGGCUGAGAAGUGACCUUACAGAGGUUUUUAAAAUCAGGAGAGGCAUGGAUAGGGAGAAUAGACAAAGUUUUUUCUGCAGGGUUGGGCAGGGGUGGGGAGUCCAAAACUAGAAGGGCAUAGGAAGAGGUGAGAGGGGAAAGAUUUAAAGAAGACUGGAGGGACAGCUUUUUCAUGCAGAGGGUGGUGCGUGUAUGAAAUGCACUGCUAGAGGAAGUGGCAGAGUUGAGUACAGUUACAACAUUUAAGAGGCACGUACGUGAAUAGGAAGGGUUUGGAGCAAUAAUGGUCAAAUGCUGGCAAAUGGAACUAGAUUAACUUAGGAUCUGUUCCGUAUAGACGAGAAGGACCGAAUGGGUCUGUUUGCAUGCUGUACAUCUGACCAGACCCUCCCAUGUUGUAUGCUGCAUGAUCCUGUCUAAAAUUCUGCUGCUCGUGACCUCACUCACAUACAAGCAAUGCUCACUCAUUAUCUCCCCUGCUUACACAUCUCCUGAGGUUCCCAAUUUAAGUCGCACCCCACUUUUCAAAUUCUCGUCCUUCACUUCUAAUCCCUCUUUGGCCUUGUCACCUCUCCAUGACAACAACUCCUGUUACAUGACAUCUCUAAUGCAAUGAGGCAUUUCCAAGGAAUUUCAUAGGAGUGUCAGGGUUAUACUGAGCCACACCAGGACCCAACACUGAGAUGUUAGGUCAGAUAAUCAAAAACCUGGUCAAAAAGGUAGGUUUUAAUAAGUUCUGUCCCUGUAAUCUCUCAAGGUCCCUCCAUUCCUCCACUUAUUUGCCCAACCUUUGUGCUCCAUCAUUGACUGCAGGGUCAGAUCCCAUGUUGAGAAGUCACUCCCUAAACUCCUCAACUCAUCUACCUCUCCCCACUCCUCCCUGAAAUAAUCUCUUUCUAAGCUUUUGGUUGGUAAACUUGAUAUUUCCCAGUGUCAAAUUGGUUUAAGAACACUGCUGUAAAAUGCUUUGAAGCUCCUUACUAUGUUAAAGCCGCUACACCAUUACAAAUACAAAUAUCAGUUCUUUCUUGCACAAAGACAAUGGCAAUAUCUCUAGAGUCUACAAGCAAGGGGUAUUAGAGCUUUUAAAACCACCAUAUUUAUAGUCAUGUGGUAUGUAAUUUUUUUUGGGAUUGUUGAUUGAUUAGUCAUGCCAAUGCUAAACAUGCCACAGAACUUUGUAACAGAUAUUAGUAACAGUAUGUCAAACAUUUUAUAUAAAUGUGUAUUCAGUGAACUGGUAAUAGUUCUGUUUAUUACUCAAUAAACUUGCAACAAGAGUUAAUAUUUA